AUGAUAGAACUCAAAGUACCGUUGUUAAAUGAGUUUCUGGCUCGUCAAAUUCUCGAUGCUUGGUUAGAUGAAGAUCGACGUUGUUUGACACCAAUUCAACUCGAUUGGCUCAAAUCGAAAUUAUCUUCAUCGUAUUUUCUUACACCUUUAUUUCUCUCUCUCAUUUACGAUCAAACACUCUCAUGGCAUUCAUUCGAUACUGAGCCCGAUCAAACUUUUCUUGCCAUCAAAAGCACACGUGAUGCUAUCGGAUAUCUAUACACACAAUUGGGAAAAAAAUAUGGUCAAGUUUUAUUCACACGUUCCAUGCGCUAUCUACAAUUAUCUGGUGGUUUGAGUGAACUAGAGUUGGAAGAUAUUCUUUCAUUAGACAAUACAGUUCUUCAAUCUGUCUAUGCCCAUUAUCUUCCACCAUUUGGUCUCUUUCGAUUACCAUCGACGUUAUGGAUUCGUAUUCGAAAUGAUAUUUAUCAUCAAAGUUUUCGAUCCUAUAAGCCAUUUGGCAUACAAUCUUUUAUCGGUUGGGAUGAAACAACAGAAAAAGAAAUGGAAUCAAUUCGUCUUGAUUAUUUUUCCAAUCGACAUGUUAAACCAUUUGAUAUUUCGUAUUCACAAAAAUUGAUGCGAAAAUACCAACUCUCGACUGCAUCACUUUCGGUUGAACGAUGUCUCACUAUCCAGUUAUCCUUAAAACUGAAACAAAUGGAAUCAAAAAUCAAAUAUAAUCUGCGUCGUCUUCAUCAAUUAUGCAUUAAUCUCAAUCGAUAUGAUUUUGCUCAUCCAUGGACUAUCUUCGAUUAUGAUUUUCUCUCUACCUAUCUUGGCUGUGGUGAAUUUAAAAUGUCCGAUUUACUCUAUCAAUUUUAUCUUGGUUCUCAUGAUCCAAAUGGUGAAUUACGGUUUCUUCUUAAACAAUUCGAAACAUCGAGUGCAAUACUCGAUCAAUAUCCGGAUAAUCUAGCUUGAAAUAAUCAAGAAAUUUUCAUUUGGUCGAAGAAUACAAAUUCACCAAACCGCCUGGAACAAACUGAUCGUCUUAUUUUGAAAAAUAAUCGACUUGUUUUAGUUUGUAAUGAUCAUCGAAUGUUGGUUCUGUAUGAUUUAAAAGAAAAAUUACGUGGAACUAUUCGAUUGGAUGAAAAUGCUGGUGAUUGCGAUGCAUUGUGUUUGAGUGAUAUGAAUGAUCAGUGUCAACAAUAUCUCUUUAUAAUUUGUCGUGAUCGACUUUUGCGCAUGUUUCGAGUUACUGAUUGCCAACGUAUCGAACAAUUAUUUAUUCACACUCAAUUGUGUCCAUUUGUCAGCAUGAUAAACAAUCGACUAUUACUUAAAGUAGCCAAUCGAUUAUGUGUACUCAAACUGAACGAUCAAAAAUCCCUGCCGAAAAGGUAGAUUGAUUAUUUGAGUGGAUAAAAAAUAGUAGCAUGUGUUCACUAUUCUAGAAUAUCGCCAACCAAGUGUGUUCUAUUCGAAACAGAUAAAUGGAUAACCUGUCAUGGAUUUUGUUCGUGGGACUAGUGCGACUUCUACAUAGAUAAGAAUUUUCAAUAAAGUCGUUUCUUGACAGCAAUGAAACAUAUUUAUUCUUAUGUAUAGUUCACGUGUUAACGUUUUCAGGAUAUGAGGAAUGUAUUACAUAGUGCAAACUAGUAAUAAUUUUACAGUUUUGCAGACUAUGAUAUAUUUUAUGAUCGAACAAAUAUAACAAACAAUUUCUUUAAAUAUUUCUUCUCUAUAUCAUUAGUCUCAGUCAUUUGUCCUCAUCUAUCUAUGUUUUCCAUCAUAACCAUGAUUCAGUUAGAGUUCUUAUUAUUAAAGGACUAUACUACUUCCUUCCUGCUCAAGAUAACCAUUUCUAUUAUCCGUUUCAAAAUAUAGUGCGCUUCACUGUUUUUUGAAUAACUCAAGAACACAAAUAGCUAGAGACCUGUGAUUUGCACCAAUCGAAAGAGGAGACAGGGGGACGUCUUUUUCUCCAAUAUUGUAUAAGAUGAAAUCAUUAUAAAAUAAGUCAUUUCCCCAAAACAUUACAAAAAGUGCAUAAAAACGAUCUAGCAUUCCAAGAAAAUUUUGGUUUUGACAUGUGAUCUAGAUAGAGGGACUUUGUAUCUAUAGUUCAAGAUAUAAUUCAAAUGAUUAUCUUCCCACAUCCAAAUGUUGAGCAAACAAAAUCGUUUCUUUACUUGCACGAAAACUGUGAAUUUCUUUUAAUUUUGAAGCAAAUUUUCUUACUUUUCGUCGAAAUUUCCUCGGACUGAUAGAC